ACUUCAACUCUCUCUCUCUCUCUCUCUCUCUCUCUCUCUCUCUCUCUCUCUGGUGUAUAUUAUUUAGUGACACAAAACAUAUACUAAGUUUUCACCCUUGUUGCAUAGGUUUGAAUCUUUGAGUGUUGCCAUAUUUUGAUGUCUACACCUUUGGAACAUGAUUACAUAGGCUUAGCAGAGAAGAAGAAGAUACCUUCAUCAUCAUCUUCUUCUUCUUCUGAAGAUGGAAAGACCUUCAAGGAGACUGAGUUAAGGCUUGGCCUACCAGGUUCUGAGUCUCCAGAGAGAAAACCACUUUCUGGGGUCUCUCUCUCUCUAUUUGGGAACCUCAAUAACAACAACAAUGUCAUGAACCACCAUGUCCAUGUGGCUGGUGCUAAGAGAGGCUUUUCUGAUGCCAUUGAUGCUAAAUGGGCUUUCUCUGAUGCUCAUGGAUCUGACUCUGACUUGGGAAAACCUUCUGCUUUGUUUUCACCAAGAGGAUCAGGGAAUGUUGUUGGAAAGCCUCCAUUGGACCCCAAAAGCAUUAGCACCCAGCAAGGAAAUUCCAUUAACACCCCUGCUUCUGCUUCACAAUCCAUCAAAGAGUCCAAGCCUCUUCAGGAAAAGAACCCUCCACUUCCUGCUACUAAUGAACAUGCUAGUGCUCCUGCUUCUAAGGCACAGGUUGUGGGGUGGCCACCAAUUCGAUCGUUUCGAAAGAACACCAUGGCCUCUAAUUUGACAAAGAACAAUGAUGAAGCUGAAGGGAAACCGGGAUUUGGUUGUUUGUAUGUGAAGGUAAGCAUGGAUGGUGCUCCUUAUCUAAGAAAGGUUGAUCUCAAAACCUAUAGCAACUAUAAGGAACUUUCUUCAGCUCUUGAGAAGAUGUUUAGCUGCUUCACCAUUGGUCAGUGCAACUCUCCUGGGCUGCCUGGAAAAGAUGGAUUAAGUGAGAGCUCUUUGAGGGAUCUUCUCCAUGGCUCUGAAUAUGUUCUUACUUAUGAAGACAAGGAUGGAGAUUGGAUGCUUGUGGGAGAUGUUCCUUGGGAGAUGUUCACUGACUCAUGCAGGAGACUGAGGAUCAUGAAAGGGUCUGAGGCAAUUGGACUAGCUCCAAGAGCAGUGGAAAAAUCAAAGAGCCAAAACUAGUGCAGAAAUUGUUGAACCAUACUGAAGUAUUUGUUUAAAAAAAUUUAUAGUUAUAGUAAAAUGUUUACAAAGGAGUUUGAAUUUAUGAUGGUUCUGUUGCUGAUAAGAAACACUGCUGCUACUAUAUGUAAUUCAGUGUCUCAGUUUUUGUGCAUUUAUUAUAGCCUGACAAGUUUUCUUCCACCACCAGUAGAAUUCAACUGGAGACUUCCAGAUCAUAUAUAAACAAAUAUUUAUAUAUAUAUUUUGUUUGUUCUCUAUAUUUUGUGUAACUUUGGAUUCCUGUUGCUGUAUAAAAAGAAUUGCUUGUUGUGCUA